CAUUUUGGGGGGGAUAUUCUGUGCCAUUGAAGUCGGUAUCUGUUCACACAGUACCGGACAGGACCGGGAGCCGCUACAGUUCUGUUCAUGGGGUAGACUGAAUCUGCGCAGCAGCGGGAGGAUAGCCGCAAGUGCGACGACGAGGAAGCAAAAGCAGAUGAGGAGAGUGCGAACAACCUACAGGAUGGCGAGACUCCUGAUGCCAAGUUACUCCAAAAGAAUGGACAGAUCUCCGGGCUGAGUGAAAAAGCAGCGGGCAAGAUUGAGGAGGUCAACGGACUGUGUGAAGACAGGGUCGUUGCAGACGUUGGUGAGACAAAUUCAGUUAUCAUUUCUCAGGAUAAGGACAUUCCGGAGACGAUAGAGACUCUCACAGAGAAUAUACCACCUCUGGAAAAUGUGAUGGGAAGGAAUCACCAGAUGCAGACGAUGAGGCAUCAACAAAUGAGACUGAAACAGAAGUUAAAUUAAAUUAAGUCAAUGAACGUUUUUAAAAAUUCUUCAGUUCAAUUGGUUUAAAAUUUACAUUGAAAAAAGACUGACACAACACAAGAAGACGUGAGCCCUAAGAAAGUAGAUGGCGAAGCAGUAACUCCUGAGGAUAUCAAGGACACAAAAGAGACCACUAUAGAUAAUGCUGAGGAGAAUACCGAGCAGAGCAGAUCUGACUGAUGAUACAAUAAAAUAAAUUGUUGGUGAUACACCAAAAGAGUCUGUUGGCGAUACACAAAAAGAGCUUCUAGAUGAUACACUAGAAACACUGGUUGACGAAAUACUAAAAGAGCCUGCUGAUGAUAUACCAGAUGAGCCUACUGAUGAUACACAAAAAGAGCUUCUAGAUGAUACACUAGAAACACUGGUUGACGAAAUACUAAAAGAGCCUGCUGAUGAUAUACCAGAUGAGCCUACUGAUGAUACACAAAAAGAGCUUCUAGAUGAUACACUAGAAGAAGCGCAUAUCGACGAUGCACCAAAUGAGGUUGUUGAUGACACAACAGAGGAACCUGCUGAUGAUUGUACCUCUUGCCAUAUGAUGACAGACCUCACAUUUGUGACAUUUUCUCUAUAAAACCACCAAGGAACAUACCAUAGAAAUGAUAGAACCUAAGGAGGAAGUCACACCUGAAGAAGUGGCAAAAGUAGAGAGAGAGGCAGAGGCACCAGCCCCACUGGUUCCGGUAGUUGACGAAAUGUCUCCAUUGAAACAUUUUUUCCUGACAGGAAAAAUACACAAGCAGGUUAAUCAAGAACCCACAAAAGAAUACAAGACCGAACCCAAGGAUGAACCCAAAGAGGAACCAAAGGAAGAAGUCAAUGAGAAAUCUAAGGACAAAGUCAAGGAGAAAGUAGAGGAGGAAGUCUUCCCAACCGAAGAGACAGAGGCACCAGCAACCAUUCUGGAUGUUGAAGAACAAAUUAUAUCCCCAAUUAAGAAGUUUUUCACUACUGGAAUCUUUGUCGGUUUAAAGAAAAAUAAAAAGCUUAUAGAAGAGGAAACGCCCGAAUAUGCGACCGUUGAGAAGGAACAGGAACUGCAAAGCAUUGAAAAACAGGAGGACAUAAACACAGCAGAGGAAGCUGGACUUGAACAAGAACAAACAAAAGAGGAGAUCAGUCCAGGUGUUGAGGGGGAACAAAAUGAGAAAGAACUUCAAUUUGAAAUUGCAGCCACAAUGUUAGCCGGAGUAACAGAUUCCCUAAUGGCUGAGGCAUCCAAUGUCCCCGAACUCAUUAAGAGUAAUGUCUCUAAAAGUAGUGGAAACAGAGAGGAUGUUCUUGAAGAACAGACAGCUACUAAUAUAUUACAGACAAUUAUCUCAAAUGAAGCUGAACUUCUUAGGUCAGGAAGUUCAGUCCAGGAUAUUCUUGAAGACCUGUGUCCUUCUUGGAGUUUCGUAACCGUUAUAACAAAUAAAGUUGAAACAAAUGAAGCCAAACUUCUUAGCUCUCAAAACAAAGUUAAAACACAGGAAGGUCUUGAAGAGCAGUCUCAUUCUUGGGGAUUUGUCACAGUCACAGAGGAUGUUCCUGAAGAGGAGCCAGCUCCUGUGGUAUUACUGACAGUUACCUCAAAUGAGGCUCAACUUCUUAACUCUCAAGAGAAAGCUAAAACCCAAGGAAGUCCAGUCCAGGAUAUUAUUGACAAGCAGUCUUCUUCUUGGGGAUUCCACACAGUUAUCUCAAAUGAAGCAGAACUUCUUAGCUCACAAGAGAAAGCUAAAAAUCAAGGAAGUCCACUGAGGAAGCUCUUGUCUGGGGCUGGUUUGAAGAAGCUUACUAGGAAGCGGAGAGGUAGUAAACCAGACAAGUUGACUGGAUCUGGUGAGCAUGUAACUGAGGAUCUACUGUCAUCCACAGAUUCAGUGGAGUACCAGAAAGGAGAAAGUACUGCCUCUCUGCCAGAAGAAUUAUCAGCAGAGCAGGUAAAUGUGUCUGCUCAGGCUGGGUUGAGCCACGAAUCAGAUGAUGUAACCUCUGACAGUGAAAGGAAGAAGGAUGGUACCUGGACUUCCUUCAAAAAACGAAUGACACCUAAAAGACAUCUCAAAAGAUCCUCUGAGAGUGAGGAUGAGUCAGCACUUGUAGGCUUACAUGAGGAGCCAAAGCAAAGUGAAGGGGAACAGGUACUAGAACAUAUCACAGAAGAGCCCCAAAAAAAGGUUGAUAUAUCUGUUUCUUGGGAGGCUUUCCUAUGUGGAUCUGCAAAGAGGAGGGGCAGAAAAACAUCGGACUCAGAGGAGCAAGCACCCAUGAAUGAAGGUAAAAUACUAAGCGAACCAGGAAACACUGCAGCGUUGCCAUUGGACAGUUCUCAGGAGAGAGGUUAUGAACAUUUUACCUCUUCCCCUGAGCAAGUUGGAAGUCCCUCGGGGAGUGAAGGGGUGUCUACAUGGAAAUACCUUAAAAAGCUGAUCACCUCAAAAACAAAGGCAAAAACCGAGGAGGCCGUCAAAGUUAACUCACCAGAGCAGAUGCAAUCUGGCAUCGAAAUCACCAAAGAGAAGUCUUCUUUUUCUCUAAAGAAACUCAUCCCUGGACGCAAAAAGGGAAAGCAUGGAGAAAAGCAGGAACCAAUCUCUUCUGACAAGGCAGAUAUGGGUGUUGGAUCGGACGAUGAGGAGGACUCUGAAACGCCAGCAGUGGUCCCCAUGUCAGAGUUUGAUGCAGAAGAGCUAGGAGAGAAACACAACAUAUCAACUGAGGCUGUUAUAGAAACUCUAUUACACAUAACAGAAGAAGAAACCCAGCCAGACGUCUCUAGCACUUUCACCAAAUCGACCAUACCCAAAGACACCCUGCCCACUGAAGCAGAAAAGGCUCAAGCCAAAUAUACUGUGGAACAGUUGGCCCCAUCAACAUCCCCCACUGCUAUGGAAAACUUUGAGGACCUUACGGAAUUCAUAAGUAAACAUCAGCAACUCAGUGAUAUACCUGAAGAAGUGUCUACUCCUGAAGAAGCCACUCAAGACGAUACCAUAGCCGAGGACCUAAUAGAGUUGACAUCUGAAGCAGUCACUGCCCCAGAACCUCUAGAUGAAGAAACAACAGAAAUGGUUUCAGCAGUGUCACAGCUGACAGAUGAGUCCCCCAAAACAUCAGGCAGCACAACACCUGUCCCAAUAGAAUACGAGUUAAAGGAUACAGAGUUACUUCUGCAUGAGACUGUUGAUACCAUUAGCAGAACCCAAACUCUCUCAUUGGUAAAUAGAAAAGGCCCACAUCUGGAAGCUAUUUCAGUUUCUCCACAAAUAUUACACACACCAAAAGAGAAGGAAGCAACAGUUUUGAUAGCUCAUGAAAAAUCAGAUGCAGUUGAAAUCCGCACAGGUGAAGAGUCUCAACAAAUUGAUCUUGUUGAUAAAAGCCCAGUGACUCCUAUGGUAGAGUGUCCAUCUGAGGUCACUGAGGUAGUACACACAGAGUUGGCACCUGAGGACACUGAAGAGUCUGAUGCUGCAAGAAUCACUACAGAUGAUUUACACAAAGCUGAAGAUGAAUCAAUUCCAAUCAUACGCAUAGAAACUGAAAAGGACCCACAAACAGAAUUGGUAAAUGAGUUAGAAGAGGCAAGACCAGAACUUGUAGCCUACAUUAGUUCAGAAGAAGGUGUAGCUCAGGUUGACGAAAAGGUGGUAGCAGAAGAAACUCCACAGCCUGAUACAGAGAGUCUGGAUGUAUCAGUCACAGACAAACUUAUCUCCAUACAACCUCUCACUCUUGAAGAAAAAGCGGAAUUCCUGGAUGUUGCGGAGGAUGCUGCAGACAAUGAGAAUGCACCAGUUAUAGAAACAAUCACAUGUGAGGUUCAAGAUGUCACAGCUGCAAUGCAUGACGUUUCAAUGUCGGAACCAUCUGACGUUCUGGAAUGUUUGAUUGCCAUAGUGACACCUGAAGUAGAAUCCCCAGAGAAAAGGGAUCCUGUGGGUUCUCUAAGACCACUUGAAGAAGCAAGACCAGUACUUGUCACCACCGUUAAUUCAGAAGAAGCUCAGGUUGAAGGAAAGGACGUUCUGAAAACUUUGAUUGCUGUAGUGGCACCUGAAGUAGAAUCCCCAGAGAAGAAAUAUCCUUUGGGUGCUCUAAGACCACUCAUAUGCUCUGCUAUGGUUCAGACACUAAAGGUAGAGGACAUGGUUGUGAUGAAGAAUGUGCCUUCAGCACAGUUUGUUGAUGGCCAUGUGAUCCAAGUACAAGUGACGGAUGCAGAGCUAAAGUCAGCUGAAGAAAUUGAUGAGAUAGUGCUUGAAGAGGGCUCAUCUGAUGCAAAUGAUCACAAGAUUCUAUUACAACAGGUGAACACUGAGAUUGAAUCAGAUGAAGCAAAUGUUAAGACAACCCGUGAGGUGGGCUCAACUGAUGAUCACGAGAUUAUAGUACAAGUGGCGGAUGCAGCGUUAAAGUCUGCUCAAGUAAUUGUUGAUCAAGGGCUUGAAAUGGACUCAACCAAUGUCACUGAUCAUGAGAUCCAAUUAAGAGGGUUGGAUGUAGAGAUUGAAUUAGCUGAAACAAUUGUUGAGGAGACAGCACUUGAGGUGGUUUCCUCAACCGAUAUUAAAGAGGUCAUAGACGUUUGUGACAAAAUGGAGGACGAAGGAGAGGGUGAGAAUGCCACUGAGAAGAUUGAGGACUACAUGUUUGAAGAGGCCAGCAGUAUUAUAACUCAGGAAAUUGUCCAACAUGUGCAGCAGAACUCUUCAGAAGACCCCAAUGUUGUACCACAAUCAAGUGAAAAGGCUGAAGUUGAAUUAUCGAGUGAAGCAGAAGUUUCGAAAUCACCAGAGAAUACACCAUUCGCAGUUCUAGAGAGUCAAGGACAUCCACAUGUAACUGCACAGGUGCAAAAGACAAUUCAUUUAUUUGAAAACUACUUCGAUCUUAAUACUCAGGGAAAUGCACAAGAACCUUCAGAAAAAGAAACGGAGCCCUCGAUUGCUCUCGAAGUUGAUACAGUAUGUGAGGAUAGAAAAACUCCUGAGGCAUUUGUAGAGCCCACUUCUGAAUUCAACAGCAUACCUGACGACACAGUUCCCACUACAUUUGCAGAGUCUUGUUCACAGGCAGAUGUGCAAGAUGUUUUUGGAACAGAGGCUGAAUUCAUGAUUUAUUCUGAAGUAGAUCAAGCCAUUGAUGUUUCAGACUCUACUAGCGGGCAUGAGAAGGAACUAGUGGGAAUGGUAGUAGAAUCAGCAAAGGAAUCAGUGGAGUCGUUUGAAAAGAGACUAUCUAUUGAAUCCCAUGUCCAUAUCCAUCUCCACAUUAAACCCAGAGAUACUGGAGUUGUGUCCGCGGGAUUAGAGUCACCACUGCGUGCUAUUUGGCCACCUCCAUGUACUGUUGCAGAAGUUGCAGUGAAUACUGACAGCCUUCUAACAGAAUCAAUAGAAAGUGCAAGUACUAUUGCAAAAAGUUCUGUGAAUACUGACUGCGUUCUAACAGAAUCAAUGGAAAGUGCUCAACUUUGUGAAGUCAGUCAAAUUGAGCAAACCAGUGACACUGCACCUCAUGUGCCACUGCAUACCCCACCUGCAACAGUGCUGUACACCCUAAACCCUGAAACAGAACAGGUAAUGACCAAUGCAGUAGGGUCUAACCCACACAUAGAGGAAGAGAAUGACCUAGAACUGUGGCUGGAUGCUGAGGAAGAUAUUGGCACAGUAAAAUCCAAUAUCUUGGAGGUUCUAAGCAAAAAAACAGAUAGAGGAGUAGAGAAGACGCUGCAGGACAGUGGAGAUAUAUUUGAUAUUGCACUUGAGCCUCAAAGCUUUCUGUCCGGAGGUGAUACCUAAUAAGACUGCAGCCAUUCCACCAAACUGACGUAUCAUGAACUGGUUUAACCAGCUAAAGGAGUGCUGGACUACCAAAGAACAACCUGAAAGAGAAGAUAGAAGUCCGCACAUGAAGGAUGACCCACCACAACGGAGCUAAUGGAGACAUUCUUCGGAUCGUUGAAUACAUUAAUGUGGAGCCCUGCCUUGAGAGGGACAGACUGAGGAUGAGGGUCUCAGUAUUGGAGGAGAGUGUGAGGUCCUACGAGGUAGAGUGUAAAGCCAGCAGAGAGACGGUGAUGAGACUGGUCGCAGAGGUGGCCCGGGAGAGGAGGAACACAGCAGGCAGUGCAGAGGCUCUCGAUCUGCUCAGACUGGAUUUAGAUAGUGCUUUGCUGACCAAGAGGAGCACAGAUAUGGAGAACCAGAGUCUAGCAGAGAGGCUGGAGGCCAAUCAACGUGUGGUUGAGGCAGCCAAGCAAGAGGCAGGGUGCCUGGAGAGGCAGAUCCAGGAGCUGGAAGGGAAACUCCAGACCAGCCAGGGGAAAAACCAGGCUACAAAGGGGAGACUGCAGGCCCUCCUGGGGGAGGUAGGGGCCCUUCUGCAGCUGGGUCUCUCCAUGCCAACUGAGGAGGAAAUACUACAGAGACUUGGGGACCUCUGCACCAGGCAGGAACGCAUGAAAGCGAUCACGGAGGAGAUGGAGAGGAGGCUGUCCCAGCUCCGUGAAGAUGUGUCCAGGCAGACAGAGCUCCACCACAGUGCCCUGCAGAGAGCCCAGCUGGCUGAGCAACAGGUCACAGACCUCAGCGACAGGCUGCAGUGUUUGGAAGCUGAGCUGAUGACUUCAGACGUGCACCGAGAUGGGCUGAGUCAUGACAGACAGCUUUAUGAGCAGUUCCUGGAACAGUUGUCAGAGAGGAUGAAAGUAGACGGUAUCGCCACUGACCUGGGCUACGACAUGAGACUUCAGCUCAUUCUGUCUCGGGCAGAGCAACUUGUCAAACUAGAAGGGACGGCUUUGGUGGAGAGCAAGACCCUGGCCCACAACCAACAGCGAAAGUUGAAGAUCCAGAAGGAGCGGUUGGAGAGUAAGGAGCUCCACAUGGAGCUGUUGAGGAGGAAGGUGUCUGAGCUAGAGGAGGAAAAGAGAAGUCGCUCAGCCCUGGCCAUGCAGCGAGACGACGCCAAUGUGACCGCCCGGAAGAUGCAGAAGAAGGUGGAGCGACUACAGGAGGAACUAGGAUCCAGUAAGGUCUCCAUCACAGAGCUCAAGGCCCAGCUGUCACACACCAACGAGCUGAAGCUCAAAGUCCUGGAGCAGAGUCAGACCAAUGCGGAGCAGAGUCAGAGACUGGAGGACCUGCAGAAGGGCAAGGCCAAGGUGGAGAAGAAGUUCAGCACAGCCAGGACAGACCUACAGAGCCAGGAGCAUCUGGCCAGGGAGGCCCAGCAGCAGUUGACCAGCCUUAGACAGACCCUGGCUCAGCUCACUGACAGAGAGAGAGAGUUGGUAGACUUCCGUAUGGUGGUCUCUCAGAUGUUAGGUCUGGAUGUCUCAGCCCUGGCCCUUCCAAACUAUGAGAUCAUCAAAUCUCUGGAGAGCCUGCUUCACCCCCACCAUCACCCCCACCAUGACCUCCACCACCACUCCCUGGCCCUGUCCUGGCCCUGUCCUACCCACUACCAGAACCACCAUCUCCUACAGCUCCAGGACCGAGAUACCUCUGGGUCUGUCACAUCCCGCUCAGCUUUCUCUCAGAGGUCCACUGGCCCCGAGGCUCUCCUGUGAACGAAACGUACAUCUGCUCAUCCCGAGGACUCUGCUCAGGACAGGCACCUACCUGUAUGAUAUGAAUGAUUUAUUUAAAUGAU